UGCAGACCAAACAAAAGAACGAGUUUUUCGUCAGAAACCGAACAGUACGGACGUGCGCGUCUCCAUUGCCAACCAGCGUAACUUAGUGUCUACUUUGUGUGCCCGCCCCGGUGAUCAACGAGCAAGGCAAAACGUUUCACAUCACAAUCAGGAAAAAGGAAGCAAACCAGUCGAUUUAUUCUGCCCGCGUCACAUAUCCAAACCAGCGACCAGUCAACAUGUCGGACGAUUACGAUAAGUACGAUUUCGAGAUGGAGAAGCACAUCCACUCGGGACACAGUGGCAAGCAGCGAAGCAAGAAGGAAGCUAGCGACCAUACCAACCACAAUGAUCCGAGCGGCCAUUCGCGUAAGAUUGUGACCAAGCUGAAAAACACGGAACAGAACAAGAAGCCAGCGGCGAAGUAGUCAGCCUCCACCAGUGGCAGGAGAUCUCAGUGCGUACGGGGGGGUCACCGUCAUCGGCCGCCCCAUCCGCUCGCUCACCACCAUCCCCCUGGGUGCAUCCAUCAUUUCCGUGGUUCUUCUGCUAUUUUUGCGUCCUCUUUACACACACACACACACUCCGUCUCGCGCUCUCUCUCUCUCUGUCCCUUCGGAAGCGUAACGCGUGCGCGGCUCAUGCGUUUGGUGUGGAACCGUCGUUUCGGAACCACAAAUACCGAUACGCAAUAGAGAAUGACCCUGUGCAACAUCGUUGUUGCGUUUGUAAUUGGGGGACACAGAGGUGUGCGAGACCCUUGUUUUUUGGAGAACCUUCGGUGUUUAGGGGGGGAAGGUGUGAUGCUCGUGUGAGGAGCCCGUAUGCCAUCGUCCUUAACAUAUAGUAGUUAUUAAAAGAAGAAGGCUAAAAAGCAGCCACCCUUUGCACUGUGUGUGAAUAUGUCUGUAUGUGUGUGUGCGCGCGCGGAACAAAAGGUGGCCGGACCCCGCUCCAACUUUGUUUUAUGAAUAUAAUUAUCUGUACCUUGUGUGUGUGAUCAAUUAUUAGCUGCAAGUUAUGUACUAUUAAUAAAUAAAGAAGGAUAUGCUUAUCAAAA